UGACAAACGUAUCAGAGCAAGAACUGCUGCAGAGAAGAGGCUGCAGCAUGGAUUGCUAGUUAUAACAUAAAGAAAGGUUAGAAAGAAAGCUAAUGAAUUUGCUUUGUUUUCUUUUUACUAGAGGAAGAACGCCCCAGACCAAGACCUGUGGUCCCUCAGCUUGCACCUCCAAAGAUUCCAGAGGGAGAGAGGGUGGACUUUGAUGACAUCCACAGAAAACGCAUGGAAAAGGACCUUCUGGAAUUACAGACUCUAAUUGAUGUCCACUUUGAGCAACGGAAAAAAGAAGAGGAGGAACUCAUUGCACUAAAGGAGAGAAUUGAAAACCGGCGCUCUGAGAGAGCAGAACAACAACGCUUCCGGGCUGAAAAGGAGAGAGAUCGGCAGAACCGGCUUGCAGUUGAAAGAAUGAGAAAAGAAGAGGAAGAAGCCAAGAAGAGAGCAGAAGAUGAUGCCAAAAAAAAGAAAGUGCUCUCCAACAUGGGGGCUCACUUUGGAGGCUACCUAGCAAAGGCUGAACAACGGAGAGGGAAAAGACAAACUGGCCGUGAAAUUAAGAAGAAAACACUGGAAGAGCGCCACAGACCACUCACUGUUGACAGCCUACGUGAUGAUGGCUUAAAGGAAAAGGCAAAAGAGUUGUGGGAAUGGAUUUACCAGCUGGAGUCUGAGAAGUUUGACCUGAUGCAGACAAUGAGACAUCAAAAAUAUGAGAUAAACGUCUUGCUCAACCGAAUUUGCCAUGCCCAGAAAUUCACAAAGAAAGGCGCUGGGAAAGGCAAAGUUGGAGGACGAUGGAAAUGAGCAGAAUCAGGAAGAAGGCAUCCUUGCGUGUUACCUUACAGUGUGAGUGUGACAAGAACCAGUGAAGCCUGAUUCCUCUGCUACCUUGUCUUCUUCAUCUGUGACAGGGAACUGGAGCAUCUAAGACACUCCUAAUAAAGCUCACUCUAAAAGUGUGUGAGCAUUCUGAGUUUAUUUUAAACAAUGCAGCAUGUUUCCAAUCCCAUCAAGAUAUAAAAGAACAAAAUCCAGUUAAAUAAACCAUAUCUAAUGUCA